AUGGCUCAGUUUACUUUCUUCCUUUUCAUGCUAUUCUCUCUUUCUUUCAGCACCCUUUUUAGCCAAGCUUACAGUUCACUUUCGGACACAAAACCAUUAGUUUUACCAAUACACCAAGAUGCUGCUACUACACUUUUAGUAGCCAACAUCUUAGUAAGAACACCCCUAAAAUCCGUGGGCUUCGUAGUGGACCUAAACACCCGCCAUGUUUGGGCUAAUUGCGAAACCAACUACGAUUCAUCCACCUUUAGUCAGCCCAAAUGUGAUUCGGUCCAAUGCAAAAUAGCCGGUACAAGCUAUUGCUUUACUAGUUGCCAAGGGGCUAGACCGUUUUGUCACACUAAUACAUGUGGGUACUUGUUAGAAAAUCCGGUGUCUCACCAAAGUACAAUUGGUGAGCUAGCCCAAGAUGUCAUUGCUUUUAGUUCAACUGAUGGGAAAAAACCCGGCCCAUUGGUUCGUAUACCCGAUUACCUCUUCACUUGUGCCCCAUCCGAUUUAGUUGAAUCGCGGUUACCCAAAGGGGUCCAAGGUGUAGCCGGGCUAGCCUAUGCUCCGAUUGCCUUACAAAAUGUGCUUGCAUCUAAACUUGGGCUUAAGCGCAUUUUUACUAUGUGCAUCCCAUCUAGCACUUCUGCUGAUGGGGUCCUUAUAUUUGGGUCCGAUGGGCCUUAUAGUUUUCUUCCAGGUAUCGAUGUAUCUAAGACUCUCAAAUACACACCAUUAACCAUAAGCCCAUUCGACGAAUACUAUGUAAAUGUCAAGUCCAUUAAAAUUAACAAAAAGCCCAUACCCGGCCUAAACACCACUUUGCUAUCGGUAAAGGAUACGGGUUCGGGUGGGGGAACCACAUUUAACACCUUGUUACCUUACACCAUCCUAGAAGGAUCCACUUUCAAGGCUGUUAUUCCCUCCUUGGGGCACUUGGCCCACUCCACCAUGGGCUACUCCCCCAUGUCCGUACCCCUCCACUCCAUGGGCCAGACCUCCAGCAGGGCCCAAACCUCAGCAAAAUGGAAUUCUCGGCCCUAGACCCCAGCAACAAGCCUACAGCACUCAAGCUCCUUCGACAGUAGGCUAUGCUCCAACUGAUAUCGAGGCCGCAAUGCACACUCUCUCCCUCACUCCUCCUGAUGAAAAUUGGUACAUGGAUACCGAUGCUACCUCUCAUAUCACAUCUCAUCAAGGUACUCUCUCGUCCUAUUUUAAUUUGAGCACUCAUAAUAUUAUUGUUGGUAAUGGCAAUGAAAUUCCAAUUCG